AUGGAGUCUGUUAAUGAACUGGUGAUACAACAAAAGCCUAUCAUGCUGGAUGAUAGAGGCUAUGGUCGAUGGAAGGUACGUAUGGUUCAGCUGAUCCGGAAUCUUGGUGAAGAUGCUUGGACGGCUGUUGAAGAAGGAUGGGAACCUCCCUAUGAGAAGACUGAAGCUGGUGACAAGAUCAUUAAACCAAAGGCACGUUGGACUGUGGAAGAAAAGAGCUUGUCCAAAUACAAUGCAAGGGCACUUAAUGCAAUAUUUGGGGCUGUUGAUGAUGAUGAGUUCAAACUUCUUCAGGGGUGUGAGUCUGCUAAAGAAGCGUGGGACAUUUUGCAAAAGUCUCAUGAAGGGAAUUCAAGUGUUAAAAGAACAAGAUUGGAUCAGCUUCCUUCGCAGUUUGAAGUUUUAAGGAUGGAUCCAAAGGAGACAAUUUCUCAAUUCAGUGCUAAAAUGAGUUCAAUCGCUAAUGAAGCUAAAAAUCUGGGUAAAGUCUACAAGAACACUAAGUUGGUUAAGAAACUAAUUAGAUGUUUGCCUUCUAAGUACGCGGCACACAAAGCUGUCAUGAGAGUCUCUGGAAACACUGAUACCUUGAAGUUUGAAGAUCUGGUCGGUAUGUUGAAGUCAGAAGAGAUGGAGGUUGCUGAAGAACAAAGAAUUCAUGGCAAAGGAAUUGCAUUCAAGGCAGAUGAUACAAAUGACCAACUGAAAGAAAUCAAAGAUAACAUGUCUUUGAUGGCUAGAAACUUUGGGAAAGCUCUAAAGAGAGUUGAGAAAGGUCAAGGAAGAGAAAGUUCUCGCUGGAACAGGAACGACGGAGAAAGGUCUGGAAAUCGUUUCAAUAGAACAGAAAAAGAGAAGGCUGAUCACAGAAAAGAAGUUCAAUGUCAUGAGUGCAGUGGCUUUGGUCACUACAAACCUGAAUGUCCUCUGACAAAAAGGAAGGAGAUGAAGUGCUUUGAAUGUAAAGGUUUUGGACAUGUGAAGACAGAAUGUCCAAAUUUACAAAAAACUAAGAACAAGUCGUUUAUUAGUUUCAGUGAUUCAGAAUCUGAUAGCGAUGAAGAAGAAGGGAUAUUGAAUUUAUUUGCCUUUAGUGUUAAGAGUGAUGAUGUACUUGCUGAGAGCUCAGAUGAUGAUGAGGAAGAAUCAGUUACGAAAGAAAGCUAUUGUGCACUUUACGACAAUUGGGUUCAGCUGUGCAAUGAAAAAUUGCUACUUGUUAAGGAAAAAUUGCAGUUGGAAGCCAAGGUCAAUAUGUUGGAAGGAGAAUGCAGGUCUGAAGUUUCCACCUGCAACAAGUCUGAAGUCUCAAUCUGUAAGGAACCUCUGUCUGCUGAAAAGGAUUUGGUUGAGAGAAAACUGAGAAAUCUUCAAGAUCUAUAUGGUUUAGAAAAAGAAAAAUCAACGAGACUAGAAAGAGAGCUGAACGAGAAUCACAAAAAAAUCAGAAUGUUGAACAAUGGUGGAAACAAGCUAGACGAGAUUUUGUCAAUGGGAAUUGUUGGAUCACAACAUCGAGGUCUGGGGUAUAACAAACAACAAGACGUUGAACUUCUGUCAAGGGAUAAGUCUGUGAACUUUAGGAGAGUUGUAGUACCUGCAAAAACCAGAGAACCUCAAGUCAAGUCUGGAGAUCCCCGACAAAGCUGGACUGAUUUCAAGCAAAGAAGGAAUGAGUUCAUCUGUUUUCACUGUGGCAAAGCAGGUCAUGUUCGUAGAUUCUGUUUCAAGUUCAAGAAUAAGAUCAAGGAGCUUUGGAUGGCUAGAAAAUGCUUUAUUGAUCCAUUUCACUUCUCUCAAGUCUGGGUAGCUAAAAAGGAUUUGUACAGCAAGGUGACAGAGAACAAUGAACGAAAGUAUGAUCAGGCCAUUCGAGAAUCUGAGGAGAUCAAUCUUUGUUGUAAUCUCUCUGUGAUAAUUAGUGAAGAAGAACCAUCUAGAGCGCAAGUGGCUUUUACUUCUACAAGCAGUGAAGGUGGUAAUCCUUGGUACUUUGAUAGUGGAUGUUCACGACACAUGACUGGAAAUCCUAAUAUCUCGACAGCCUAUGAGGAAACACCAGGAGGAAAGGUAACUUUUGGUGAUGGUGGAAAAGGGUCGAUUAGAGGUAAAGGACAACUUGAAGAUGUUGAUCAGCCGUCAUUAAUUAAUGUGUAUUAUGUGGAAGGAUUAAAAGCUAACCUGAUCAGUAUUAGCCAACUGUGUGAUGAAGGGUUGAGAGUGAUCUUCACUAAAGUUGAUUGUCAAGCAGUAGAUGAGAACAACAAUACCGUUUAG